AGAAAGCAACGAGGUUGCGCACGCACGGACACACACACACACACACACCGACACACAGACUCUUCUGCACCGGUCUUCAAGAUGAAAGGCUCACACUUCAGCGCUGGUCUUGUCCUGCUUCUCGUCCUCAUCCAGAGCAGCCUGGAGCUCCCAUUACAAGAUGACACGAUCAGCUCAGAGACAGACGAGAAUCUCCUGGACGAGAGGAAAGACAUGAUGCGGGCGAGGAGACAUUCGGAGGGAACAUUCUCAAAUGACUACAGUAAAUACCUGGAGACACGGAGGGCGCAGGACUUCGUCCAGUGGCUCAUGAACUCCAAGAGGAGCAACGGCCAGGUGCGGCGCCACGCUGACGGCACCUACACCAGUGACGUCAGCUCGUACCUGCAGGACCAGGCGGCUAAAGACUUUAUUACUUGGUUAAAAAGCGGCCAGCCCAAACCAGAUGCUCUUCAGAGGAAGUGCUCAGACACGUUACAUAAGAGACACGUGGACGGCAGCUUCACCAGCGAAGUCAACAAGGUGCUGGACACCAUGGCUGCCAAGGAGUACCUCCAGUGGGUCAUGAGCUCUCAGUCGUCAGCGAGCGGCAAGCGACACUGAAAACCCGAAGAAAAAACGAGUGCUUCCCGUUCCUGAAGUGAACUUUUAGGAUGUUUGUUCUUCACCCUGAGAAUCUUCAAAUCAUGGAAAAAAGCCAUAGUCCUUGAUAUGACACAGGAAAUCAAAAGCCAUAUACGCAUAUAUUUAAUACUCAAUUGUUUGUACUGUGGAUAUUUAUUUGCCCUAGAUUUAUGCUAUACGUUAAAAGACAAAUAUUUAAAAAAGAAAUAUUUUUCUAUAGAUUUGUGCUAUUUUUAAUGCUUGAUAUUUAUGAACUGGUUAUAAAACUCAGGUGAAAUGUUUUCAAACUCUCAGGUUUAGGACAUGUGAGAGAAAAUGAUGUGUGUAAAAAAAUGGUGUCCUGCUUUG